AUGUCCACCGAAAGAACUUUCAUUGCAGUCAAGCCAGAUGGUGUCCAGAGAGGUAUCUUCCCAGAGAUCCUGAGAAGAUUCCAAAACAAGGGUUUCAAGCUUGUUGGUAUCAAAUUGACCCUGGCCAACGAGUCUCUGCUGAGAGAGCACUACGCCGACUUGCAAUCCAAGCCAUUCUUCCCAUCUUUGCUGUCCUACAUGAUGUCCGGUCCAAUCCUGGCCACCGUCUGGGAGGGAAAGGACGUUGUCAAGCAAGGUAGAGCCCUGUUGGGUGCCACUAACCCAUUGCAAUCUGCUCCAGGUACCAUCAGAGGUGACUUUGCCUUGGACAUGGGCAGAAACAUCAUCCACGGUUCCGACUCUGUUGAGAACGCCGAGAAGGAGAUCAAUCUGUGGUUCAAGAAGGAGGAGCUUGCUGACUACAAGCCAACCAUGUACGGGUGGAUCUACGAGUAA